AUGAAAUAUAGGAGAAUAGAGAGUUCGCAUUUGUCGAGAUCGCCUAGUUCUUCACUGCCGUACAAGCUCUCUCGAAUUCCGGAUGACAGAUCCCAGCAACUUAUGAACGGCGCAUUAUCUCCCUUACAUACAAGACGUGGAUCUCUGAAUGAUUUGGUGACGCCAACGCCAGAUUUUGCCGAAUUUGAUUGUGUGCGUGAAUGUCCCAAGCUGCUAGCCGUAACAAGUGAUGGAGACUGCCAGAAUGUUGCAGUUACAUUCUCUGACUUGGACAAAUUACAAAUAGAGUUGGAGCAAAUACUGGUGCACACGACUGAUCAUCAAAAAAAAAUUUAUGGAGAGAUUACCUUCUUGACUACUGGCGAUUACCCUUCUGAUGAUAUCUCCAUCAGGCUCAUGCCUGUAUAUGAGCUUAAAACUUCGGAACCUCUACCCAGCUGCAGUAAAGAAAUUGAGAGAGAACCAAUAGUGGAAGAUUCGUGUAUGGAUGGUGAAAUAAAUUGGCUGGAUGAAGGUUUUGAUGUUUGGCCACCAGUCAAUUUGUCCCAAAAAUUCUGGGUUUUCGCUCGCGAAUAUCUUGAUCCCGUAGAUGAAGAAUACCUGCAUCAGUGGUGGUUAAGUAUUGUUCAGCUUUUUAAGAAUGAUAGUGUCUCGAAGUUGCAGUCUGAUUUGUGUCCAGUGACAGCAAAGAAAAGUAAUUGUUGUGACGCCGUACUGCACGAUGGUAAAGCCAGCUCUCUACCUUCUUUUUCGAAAUGGUGUGCUCCCGCAUCACUUCACUGGAAUAAGUCUUUCAUAGUGAGUAAAAAUAUCUCUUCACCCGCAAGGUUAAAGCUGUUUAACAGUGACUCAUCGCCACCGCCGAAUAAAAUAGCACGAUUUGAAAAAAAACCGUCGUCACAAUCACCAAGGAAAACUACAUCAUUGCUCAAUGAUCUCAUCAGCGCGUAUGUCAGUGAGAGAAUUGGUAACUUAGGUAAUCAUUACAAUGGUGUGCUUCCGAAAUUGGAUAAAAAAAGCUGCCCUCCUAAGAAAGAUUCGUUCUCACUGGUUCAGCUUGAAACUAACGACUGGUUAAUCAAAAAUGAAGGGGCUGAAAGGGAGGAUGCAUUUCCAGUCGCUCAUCUUAAUGGCCUAAAUUAUGGAGGAAAUGUUGCAGCCAAUUGUGGAGACACAUUAGAAAUGCUAAAUUGUGCUUUAGCCGAUUACCUCCGUAGAUUUGAUGAAGAGCCUGAUCUAAACAAAUGCAGCAAAGUUAUCCAAGAAAUCGGACCAGAAGGUGUGGAAGAGUUAGUUAGGAAAUCUCCAUCAGGCAAAAAAGAUUACAGUGAGGAUGAAGUAUCUGCAGCCUUAAAGAAAUUGCAAACGGAGCUUACUGAAAAAGAGAUACCGUGGCGUAGUGUGGUUGCUAAAAUUUGGCAUCGUUUACUCGCGGAGUAUUUGCGCAUGAAGUUAGAGCAAGCACUGGACAAAGCAGAUCAGGACAUGUUUGAAAUAUAUGACAAAUAUUAUUCGGAAUUUCCAAGACGACGACCAAUGAAUGAACAGGAAAGGGAGGAAUGUCGAUGUGUUUUUCAACGAAGGAAUGAUGUAGCCCAGGCGUAUUACGGCAAAAAAUAUUCUUUAAACAAAUGGAAUAAGAUAGGUUGUGUCAAGGAUCUGAAAUUCGACAUAUGUCCGAAAAACAAGGGUCUGGAUAGAAAUAACGAUUAUAAAAUAUGUCUUAUAAAUAAUGUCGAGUUCUGCAGUGAGUAUGAAAUUGGAAGUUAG